AUGGACUAUGCAACUGCUCAGUCAAAAGACUUUCCCUACUCAUUUUUCUUGACGAAAGACAUUGAUUUGUUAUUACCUGUUAAAAUAGCGACUGUUGAGGGAUCUCGCGAAAAGAAACCAUUUACAGCGCUACUUGAGGAUCCUGCUCUUAAAUUUACUGGAGUUCAAACUAGUGAUUACUCGGAUAUAUAUGUAACAUGUCAGAUUUUCGCUGAUAAUAAACCAUUAACUGUGCCGAUACGAACCUCUCACAAGCCUUUCGAAAAUAGAUGGGCAUGGAAUGAAUGGCUAGUGCUUCCAAUUAAAUAUCGUGAUCUCCCGGUCACCGCACAGUUAGCACUCACGGUCUGGGACAUUCAAGGUCCACGGAAAGUAGCUCCCAUCGGUGGCACCACAAUUCGUCUGUUUGGAAAGAAUAAUUCUUUGAAAGAAGGCAAACACAAGUUAUAUCUAUGGCCAGAACGUGAAGCCGAUGGAUCUGUGCAUACAGCGACCACAAGUAAAAUUUAUGAUCGAGGGGAAAUGGAUCGCUUAGAAAAGCGAUAUGAUAAGAACGAUAUAGACAGGCUCGAAUGGCUAGACAAUUUGGCUUUUCGUCAAAUAGAAAAGAUUAAUCAGCGAGAAUCAUCAAAAUCAAAAAAACUGUAUCUUUAUAUAAUAUUACCAAAAUUCGAAGAUUUCCCAGCAAUUUUCAGUGAGCCAGAGUACGAGUUAUCAGUUGCGCCUCCUUUAUCCACUACGUCAGCUCCAAUUCAAUUUGUUCCUUCAACCAUAAUUGAUUCUAGCAUGAAUGUUAUCGUUGAUCCGGAAAUUACUUGCGAAAAUCCUGUUGAAGCCAAACAUAGACGUUUAGUCAGAAGUCAUCGUAAUGGACCUCUGGAUCGGGACUUGAAACCAAACGCAAAAAUUCGAGAUGAAUUAAACCAAAUCUUGAAAUAUCCUCCUACUAAAUCUUUAACUUCCGAGGAAAAAGAUCUGCUUUGGAAGUUCAGAUUUUAUCUAACUCGUGAUAAAAAAGCACUUACCAAAUUUCUGAAAUGUGUUGUUUGGACUGAUCCUACCGAAGCGAAACAAGCAGUCGAUCUUUUAUCACAAUGGGCUGAUAUCGACGUGGAUGACUCUUUAGAGCUAUUAGGUGCCAAUUUUGUAAAUCGUGCGGUUAGAGGAUACGCAGUUGGACAACUUCAAAAGGCUGAUGAUGAUGAGCUUCUGUUGUAUCUCUUGCAACUCGUACAAGCAUUCAAAUUUGAAAAUAUCAGUGAAAAAUCAAGCUCAUCAAAUGAAUCUAGCUUGGUUGCAUUUCUGAUCGAUAGGGCUAUAAAGAACCCUAUUCUGGGAAAUAAUUUCCAUUGGUAUCUGAUGGUCGAAUGCGAAGAUAAACUUUUUGGGAAAAUGUACGCAAGAGUAGCUUAUCAAUACCUGACUGCAAUGACAAUGGUUCUUUCAGGAGGACAACGUCGUGAUAUACUGUUACGACAAGGAGUUCUCAUUGAAACAUUAUCAAAAAUCUCGAAAAGUAUUUAUGAGUUAAAAGAUAUUAGGCCUAAAAAGAUUGAAAUGCUUAGAACUUCGAUAGCAGAUCCAAAACAUGCACUUUUAUCUUUUCCGCCUUUGCCUUUGCCGCUAGAUGCGGGAAUCGAAGUUACGGGUAUAAUUCCAGAAAAAAGUACCGUAUUCAAAAGCAGUUUACUUCCCUUAAGUCUCGUCUUUUCUUGUGUGGGUGGCACUGAAUAUCCUAAUCCUUCUGAAGCUUCUACUUCUUUGGUGAAGGUAAUCUUCAAAACAGGUGAUGACCUUCGUCAAGAUCAACUUGUCAUUCAAAUUAUCACGCUUAUGGACAAGCUUUUACGUAAAGAGAAUUUGGAUCUCAAGCUAAAGCCCUACAAAGUAUUAGCAACAAGUUCAGACCACGGCCUGAUGCAGUUUAUUCCUUCUUCCUCACUGGCAAAUAUUUUGAGUGAAUACAAUGGAAGUCUGUUGCUAUAUCUUAAAGCUCAUCAUCCGGAUGAAAAGGCACUAGCGACUUAUGGUGUGAAUCCGGAAGUAAUGGAUACUUAUGUGAAAAGCUGUGCUGGUUACUGCGUCAUAACUUAUCUUUUGGGUGUUGGAGACCGUCAUUUAGAUAAUUUGUUGCUUUCUCCUGAGGGUCAUGUUUUCCAUGUUGAUUUCGGGUUUAUUCUCGGACGUGAUCCAAAACCAUUUCCUCCUCCAAUGAAACUCUGUAAAGAAAUGGUAGAAGCAAUGGGUGGCGCAAAUUCAAGCCACUAUCAACGUUUCAAAAGCUAUUGUUAUGUAGCGUUCAAUAUUCUAAGAAAAAACGCGAAUUUAAUUCUGAAUCUUUUCGCGUUGAUGGUUGAUGCUAAUAUUCCAGACAUUAAGAUUGAGCCUGACAAAGCUGUUUGGAAGGUUCAAGAAAAGUUUCGCUUGGAUCUUACAGAGGAAGAAGCGAUCAAGUUUUUCCAGAAUUUGAUAAAUGAUUCUGUUAGUGCUCUUUUUCCGCAAGUUAUUGAAACUAUCCAUAAGUGGGGUCAAUAUUGGCGUAAAUAA